AUGGCUGGGUUAGGUUUUACCCCUGCCAGAAAACAAGACCUUUUCAGUAUCGAGACGUUUAAUUCACCAAGAAGCAACACUUGCAGUGGACAAGAGGCCAGAGAAUUUUACGAAAACCUUGUGAAAGACGAUAAAGUGACUUUCAAACAGCAUUGGAAUGAGCAGACAAAGAGUGGCUCCAGACGAAGAGACAGGAGAAGGAGGGCUGAAACUGAUUCUAGCAUAAUGCAAAGAAGAGGGGCAGCAGGAGGGGAAGGAAACAGAACAAGAAACGCAACCGGCGGAUACGUCAACUCUGAGAUGUCCUUAGAACUCCUGGGUCUCAAGCUGUUGCGCUGUGCGCAAGAGGGAGAUCUUGCUGGGUUGGAAGACUUGCUUGCGAAAGGGGUGGACAUCAACUUCCAGGAUUCCUUUUUCUGGACAGGCAUCAUGUGUGCGAGCUCUUCGGGACAAAGAGCUGCCGUGAGGUUGUUGCUGGAGAGAGGCGCUGCUUGGGUGGGUGUUGUGGACACUCAGGGUCGGGAUGCUAGAGAUCUGGCCUCACAGGCGGGCCACAGCGGUGUGUUAGAAGAGUUGGAGAACUACGGUAGAAGUCCACCAAGAGAAGCUAAUAGCAGGUCGGCACAGCCUCAGUGGUGCCAAGUGUGUGCUGUGGAGUACACAAGCGACCUGUCAUCACAUCUCUCCUCCACGCUGCAUCAGUUCAAUGUAAAGCGCGCCCCACCGGUACCCUGCUACUGUCUCCCGCCCUCAGCCAAGAGUUACAAAAUGAUGCUCAGCUGCGGCUGGCAGCCCGGCGAGGGCCUCGGCCCAGAUGGGCAGGGGCCCAUGCAACCUGUGGCCACAGUCUUAAAGAGGGACCAGAAAGGCCUCGGCUAUGGACCGAUGGUGAAAGCAAGAGUGACUCACUUCAAAGCGGGUGAUCGGGGCUCAGUGAAAAUAGCACUUGCAAAGAAAGAGAAGGGCAAGACGAAAGAGGAAAGUUGGAGGAAAGAACAGCAGGACAAGGAAUGGGAACGAGAUUUCCGUGCCUCUUUUUAUUGUGAUGCCUGA